AUGACUUUGAUAUUUCGUUUACAGCCCUGGAUGGCGUCAGCUGCGAUGGCGAUGAGUUCAGUAUCAGUAGUGUGCUCCAGUUUAUUGCUUAAAACUUUCAAGAAGCCCUCAGUGGAACAGCUGAGGACGCCAGAGUAUCUCCAAUCUAUUCACCUGGAAGACUUAGACUCGGUGUCGGUCCACAGGGGUCUGGACGAACGGAUAGACCCCAGUGAACGGGGGGCUUCGCCACUCGCUAAAAAAAACCGCGACUCUUGGAAAUCAACUCUGUUGAACAUAUAA